UUAAGCCGGAAUUUUCAAUUUAUUUUGCUUAAAAUUUUUUUUAUUGAAUUUAAAAUAACGACGUCUCGAGAAUUACGGCUUUUCCCCGCUAACGCGUGUACUCUUGAUGUAUAAAUUUUACUUGUGGUGUUGCCAGAUUUUGACAUAGAAACUUACGGACUUGCGCAGUAGGUACAAGUGUAAUAUCUGUGAUUACACAUACAUAAGCAGUGAUUAAAAAGAAAUAAUAAAUAUAAAAUUAAAAAAAAUUAAACAAUCGAAAUUAAUAUAAAUUGUAUAUGAUAUUUAAAAUUCGUAAAAAUUAUUUACAUGAUUUAAAAAAUUCAGCUAUUCACAUAUGUGAGAUAAUUCACGAUAUUUAUGGACAAGAUAUAGGUUAUGUUCAGAUAAAUCUUAUUAUGACAUCAAGAAAAACAAAUGCAAAAAAAAUAACAACUUCGAAGAAAACUACUUCUAAAAAAACAACUAUUUCAAAAAAAAUAACAACAAAUGACUGAUUCGACGAAGAGAGUGUUGAUGAGAUUACAGAUGAAUUAUCUGGUAUUUUUUCUGACAGUGAUGUUUCAGACGCUGAUUUUGAAAUGUCUGACCAUGACAGUGGUUCUGAAGAAUCGGCUGAGUCAGAUAAUGAGACUAAUUCAAAUAAUUUGAAUUCAAAUAGUUAUUAUUUGGGUAAAAAUAAAACCUCAAGAUGGAUGAAAAAGCCUUAUUCACACAACAAGAGAGCAAAUGAAGUUCAUGUUGCUAAAGUUAAUAAACGAGCUGAAAAAUGUAAAACUCCGAUGGAUUGCUGGGAACUAUUCUUUGAUAAGAAAAUGAUUGAAGACAUAGUGCAUUUUACAAAUAUUAAACUACUGAGUGAACAGUCUAAAUUCCAACGUGAUAGAGAUUGUGCUCUGACAGAUGUUAUUGAAAUACGAGCGUUAAUUGGUUUAUUAUAUCUAGCGGGAUCAUUGAAAAUGUCUCGAGUAAAUCUUCGAGAUAUUUGGGCGACUGAUGGUACUUCUCCUGAUUACUUUCGAUGCGUAAUGAGUUACACUCGUUUUAGUUUAUUACUUCGAGCAAUCCGUUUUGAUGAUAUAAAUACUCGGAAAGAUCGAGCUUCAAGUGACAAGUUUGCACCCAUCCGAGAAAUUUGGGAGAAAAUCAACGUCGUAUGUCAAGAAUGUUAUUCUCCAGGUCAAGUAUUAACUAUUGAUGAAAUGAUGUCAGCAUUUCGCGGCCGUUGUAGCUUCAAGCAAUAUAUGCCAAAAAAACCCGAUAAAUAUGGUCUAAAAACAUUUGCUCUUGUUGACUCACAGAGUUUUUAUGUCUUGAAAAUGGAAAUGUAUCUUGGUAAAAAAAAAAAUAAGAUUGAUAAUAAACCUGCGAUAUUUGUUAUUUGUGUCCGAGGCGUAAAAAUAGAAAAUCUAAAACCCAGUGUGCAGAAUGUCUUAAAACAAUUUGCAGAGAACACACAAAGGAAAUUUGUGCCAAAUGUCAUGAUGUUGAUGAUGGGUUUUCGGAGGAGUAGUGGGUUGAAGCAAUAUUUUCUGAAUUACAAAUUCGCGAUUUGUAUCAAUGAUAUUUUUUAAAACAAGUAUGAUUUAAUUCUUAAAAGAUCUUACGAUUUGACUAAUAUAGUAGUAGAAUUUUAAAUUCACUUUUAA